AUGGAUGGAGAAGAAGCUGAUGUGACGAAAGAAACCAAGGAAGGAGGGCCAAACACGUCCCAUACCUUUUCUGUGGAUGCAGCCCCAUUUGAACCCAGUGUAAACGCCUCCUCAAAUUUAGCAAAUGGAUGGCAAGAUGCAUCGUCUGUUCUUACAGAACAACUAUCCGCUUUGGGGGCAAAUGAAUCCUGGCCUUAUCCGGCACAAUACAUUGAUAUGUUUGCGCUUAAUGCGAGCAUGAGGGCAAUGGUGGAGGCAGCAGCUAUGAUGAACGUUGGGGCAAAAAGAUACAGCGGAGCCCCCAUUGUAAAGACAACAAGUCCCCCUAAAAAGGGUUCUAAUGCUUCUGAGGCCUCAAGAAAAAGAGAAAAAGGGAGCCUAUCGAUUCAUGCUAAGCCUUGGUCUCCAUCUCCUGAAACUGGCCUAAAUCAGAAAGAGGGAGACACCUACACACACCUCAAGAAAGGCUGGGUAAAGGUUCCAUACCGAGGUGAAAUGGUUAUUGCACCAGUUGCAUUCAAAGAAAUAGCUAAUGAUUUUGUGCAUUCCCUUACCGUAAGGCCUAUUGAAAAACCAAGAAUCCAUUUAGAACUCUAUAAUUAUCAUUGUGCACGAUGUGCAACUCACUCAUUUUUUGGACGUUUAUCUUGCAGGGAUGCAGAUGUGAUCUUGAAAGGUAUUGCCGGAGACAUUCCCCCGCUAUGUGUGGCACAUUUGAUUGAACAGGUCACGGGAGCUGUUGUGUGUGCCCUGUUUACCAAAGGUGACUGUCUCGACUAUGAAAUAUGGUUGGAGACUCCUGAUAAAGCUGCUCAUUUUGCCAAAACGAUUUCUGACGCAAUGUGGACGUGUCCGAUGUUUCACGGAUACGCUGUUCACACUAAAACUGAAGAAGAAAAGGCUUUUUUACAUGAAUAUAUAUCAAGCCUCAAAGAUGAUUUUCCGGAGGAGACACCUUACCCCAUGCGUUGCGUCGAAGCGAUUGCUUCAUCUACUGGAAAGGUAAAAGGUUAA